AUGGAGUUACUCGAGGGGUAUUCAAUCAAGGGGGAGCAUUCAGAUGACUCAAGACUAGUGUGCAAGCUGCAUAAAUCUCUCUAUGGACUCAAACAAGCCUCAAGGCAAUGGAAUGCUAAGCUGACAGCAUCUAUUUUGCAAUAUGGUUUCAAGCAAUCAAUGUCAGAUUACUCACUGUUCACUAUGAGCACAACAGGUGGUGAAUUUGUGGCCUUAUUAAUAUAUGUUGAUGAUAUUCUAAUUGCUAGCAAUUCUGCACAGGCUGCAACAGCUGUAAAGAGUCACAUUGAUUCACAGUUCAAACUCAAGGACUUAGGUACUGUUAAAUACUUCCUGGGACUUGAAGUAGCUAGAUCACCACAAGGCAUUUCAAUAUGCCAGAGAAAAUAUAUUUUGGAUUUAUUGGAAGAAUAUGGUUUACUUGGAGCCAAACCUUCAUCAACACCUAUUGAUUAUAAUGUUAAGUUGAGGAAAGUAAGUAAGGAAGAAGAAGUAACAGAUCCGACAAAAUACAGACAACUUGUAGGUAAGUUGCUUUACUUGACAUUCACACGACCUGAUAUUUGUUAUGUAGUACAGAAUUUGGCUCAAUUCAUGGACAAACCAACUGUAGAGCAUCACAUGGCUGCUCAAAGAGUGCUUAAGUACUUGAAGGGAGCACCAGGACAAGGGAUUUUAAUGAAGAGGGACAGCAAUUUAAAAAUUUCAGCAUAUUGUGAUAGUGACUGGACAGGAUGUCCUGACACUAGAAAGUCUGUGACUGGUUACUGUGUGUUCAUUGGAGAAUCUUUAGUGGCCUGGAAGUCUAAGAAACAGCAGAUAGUUGCUCGAAGCUCAACUGAGGCAGAAUACAGAUCUAUGGCAGCUACAUGUUGUGAAGUUAUUUGGAUUAAAGGUUUACUUGCAGAUUUUGGAAUUCAACACUAUGAUGCAGUGAAACUCUAUUGUGACAACCAAUCAUCAGUUUAUAUCAGCAAAAAUCCAGUUCUUCAUGAAAGAACCAAACAUAUAGAGAUUGAUUGUCACUUCAAUAGGGAGAAAGUUCAAAGUGGUGAGAUUGAACCUGUCUAUAUACCAACACAGCUGCAGGUUGCUGAUGCAUUCACCAAACCCCUGCAGCAUGGAACUUUCAAAAGGUUAUUAUACAAGAUGAACAUUCACAAUGUUCAUUGUUCAUCUUGA